CUGCUGGAAGUUGUUGCUUCCGCCAGCGCAAAGUUACUGUUGGUGAGUUUGGUUCUGGUGUGGAUACUAGAUGUUGUUUGGGUUGUAUUUUACGUACAGUGGUAACCUGUUGUUGGGGCAGCAAAUAUGUGUGCCCUAUUAUAUUGGUUGCUUGGUGGUUUCAGAAAUUCAGAGAGACUGAGCAACAAGCGUAUAACCAAUUCAGAUUUCAGAGACCACCAAGUGUGUCUUAAACAUGUUCUGAUGACAUCGUCUGGUCUGCUGGUGGCUUUAUAUAUAUAGCCUGUAGGGAAUUCCUAUAUAUAGUGCACUGCAGUUGGUUGGCGUGCAGAGUAGAGACGAACGAACGGAUCGGAGCACACACAACACACAUGAUGCCAAACCAUACGCUAGGAUCGGAGCUAACUUAGAGUGCUGAGUCAAAAAGCCAUCGAUAGAAUUGGAAUUGUAACUGAUGCUGCUAUAUCUAUAGUUCUGUACAGACAAGCAAAGCAAGCUAGCAUUUCUUCCAUCUAUCUGUCCAUCUACUAGUAGCAAUAGCAAUGGGCGAGGAGGAGGCAGCUGCUCCGUUGCUGGUGCCGGGCAGCAACGGUGACGAUCCCCGCCGCCUCAACCUCACCCUCGCCAUCCAUGGAGAUGAUGAUGAGUGGAAAGCUGCAGGAGAGGCGGCGGCGUCAUCGGCGAGGCAUCAUCAUGCGCUGCCAGGGUGGGACUGGGCGGAGGUGAGGGGGCAGCUGGCCUUCGCGGCGCCCAUGGUGACCACCAACAUGGCCUACUACGCCAUCCCGCUCGUCUCCGUCAUGUACGCCGGCCGCCUCGGCGACCUCCAGCUCGCAGCCGCCACGCUCGGCAACUCCUGGGGCACCGUCACCGGCAUCGCGCUCAUGACCGGGCUAAGCGGUUCACUGGAGACGCUGUGCGGGCAAGGGUACGGCGCGCGAGCGUACCGGACGAUGGGCGUGCACCUGCAAGCUUCCCUCCUCACCUCGGCGCUGGCCUCCGCCGCCGUCUCCCUCCUCUGGCUCUACUCGGAGCCGCUGCUGGUCUUCCUGCGGCAGGACCCGGGGACGUCGCGCCUGGCGGCGGACUUCCUCCGCCACUCGGUCCCGGCGCUGUUCGCCUACGGCUUCAUCCAGUGCGCGCUCCGCUUCCUGCAGGCGCAGUCCGUGGUGGCGCCGCUCGUCGCCUUCUCGCUGCUCCCGCUGGCCGCGCACAUCGGCGUCGCGCACGCGCUCGUCAACGCGCUCGGCAUGGGGUUCGCCGGCGCCGCCGUGGCCACCUCCGUCUCGCUCUGGCUGUCCUUCCUCAUGCUCGCGGCGUACGUGAUGGCGUCGGACAGGUUCAGGGAGACGUGGCCGGGGCUCACCACCGAGGCCUUCCGACAUGUCCUGCCUGGCAUGAAGCUCGCCAUCCCCUCCGCCGUCAUGGUCUGCUUUGAGUACUGGUCGUUCGAGUUCCUGGUGCUGUUUGCAGGGCUGAUGCCGGAGUCUCAGGUCAGCACUUCCAUCAUUGCAAUGUGCCAAAACACUGAAACAAUAUCAUACAUGAUCACCUAUGGCUUCGCCGCUGUCAUCAGCACGAGGGUGUCCAACGAGCUGGGAGCGCGGAACAUCGGCAAGGCGAAGAAGGCGCUGACGGUGUCGCUGGCGCUGUCCCUGAUGCUGGGGGUGGCGUUCCUGCUGCUCCUGGGCCUCGGCCACGACCUGUGGGUGCGCCUCUUCAGCAGCAGCCAGGCCGUGGCGAGCGCCUUCGCGUCCAUGACGCCGCUGCUCAUCGGCUCCGUGGUGCUCGACUCCACGCAGGGGGUGCUGUCGGGCGUCGCCAGAGGCUGUGGGUGGCAGCACCUCGCGGCCUGGACCAACCUCGUGGCCUUCUACGUCAUCGGCUUGCCCCUCGCUAUCCUCUUUGGAUUCAAGCUUGGCUUCCAAACCAAGGGGCUGUGGAUGGGCCAGAUAUGUGGUCUCCUCUGCCAGAACUGUGUCCUCUUCUUCAUCACCCUGCGAACCAACUGGGAGGAGUUAGACCUCACCAUGUUCAACAAGGACAACGAUUUUGUCUGCUGAGAAUUUAGAAAGGCGUGCAUGCUAAGCUUCCAUGUAAUUUUUUUUGGCUUGUGCUGUGCUGUGCUGGUGUUUCCUCAUGAGCCAUCAUAGUGUAAGCGUAACAAUACAGAUUGUACUAAUAGUAAUACACAGAAGCAACUUACCCUUAGGAAAAUGAAUGCGUCACCAUCACUGGUGUCCUAUUGUAAAACUGAGUUGAGGGGAUU